CAAACCAGACCAAAACCCUCCUCUCCUCUCCCCCCCACAACCCAAACCCUAGCCGGCAGCCCCCUUGAUGACCGCCGCCGUAGAUGCACAGGCUCUCCCUCACCGUCAUUGACGCCGCUGCCGUCGCCAUGCCCGCGGCGCUCCGGCUCGGGGGCUCCCCGGCGCCCCGCCUCGCCGCCGCGCGCCGCCAGGGCCCGCGCCCUCCGCCGUGGCUGCGCUUCGGCUGGGGCGGCGGGGCGCGGAGGGGGCUGCUCUGUUCCGCCGAGGCCGCCAGGCGGGGCGGCGACGGCGACGACGCGGAGGCGGAGGUGGAGGAGGCGCGGAGGGGAGGCGGGGGCCGCGCGGCGACGGAGAGGAGGAUGAGGAGCGGGGCCGCGGCCGCCGCGGUGGGGACGAGCGUCGAGCUGCUGGCGAUUCCCGGGGUCGGGCCGCGCAACCUCAGGAAGCUCGUGGACAAUGGCUUCGAGGGCGUCGCGCAGCUCAAGCAGCUCUACAGGGAUAAGUUCUUUGGCAAGUCUAGUGAGCAGAUGGUUGAGUUCUUACAGAGUUCUGUUGGCAUUGUACAUAAGAACCAUGCUGAGAGUAUAACUUCUUUCAUCAAAGAGAGUGUCGAUGAGGAGCUGAAGGAUACAGAUUCAUCUAAACCCACUCAGAAGAAGAGGCUUACCUUUUGUGUGGAAGGGAAUAUUAGCGUUGGGAAGACUACUUUCCUCCAAAGAAUAGCUAAUGAGACUAUUGAACUGCGUGAUCUUGUAGAGAUAGUUCCUGAGCCUAUUGAUAAGUGGCAGGAUGUUGGACCUGAUCACUUCAAUAUAUUGGAUGCCUUCUAUGCUGAGCCACAUAGGUAUGCAUACACUUUCCAAAACUAUGUGUUUGUGACAAGGGUCAUGCAAGAAAGGGAAUCUCAAGCUGGAAUAAAACCUCUCAGGCUGAUGGAAAGAAGUGUAUUCAGUGAUCGGAUGGUGUUUGUCCGUGCCGUUCAUGAAGCUAAUUGGAUGAAUGAGAUGGAGAUCAGCAUCUAUGAUUCCUGGUUUGAUCCCGUUGUGUCAUCGCUCCCAGGUCUCAUUCCAGAUGGAUUUAUCUAUCUAAGAGCUAGUCCAGAUACUUGCCACAAAAGAAUGAUGCAUCGGAGAAGAUCAGAAGAAGGUGGUGUUACACUUGACUACUUGCAAGGUUUGCAUGAGAAGCAUGAGAGCUGGUUGCUUCCUUCAAAAGGUUCAGGUCCUGGUAUAUUAUCAGUCAGUCAACUGCCCAUGCAUAUGGAAGGCUCCUUGCCUCCAGAAAUACAGGAUCGUGUAUUUUACUUGGAAGGAAAUCACAUGCACUCUAGUAUCCAAAAGGUCCCUGCCCUUGUCCUGGAUUGUGAACCUGACAUUGAUUUCAACAAAGACAUAGAAGCUAAACGACAAUAUGCUCGGCAAGUUGCAGAGUUCUUUGAAUUCGUCAAGAAAAAGAAGGAAGAAGCUCCAUCUGAGCAAUCGGGUGCCAACAAGGGUCGCAUGAACCCACAGGUCAUGCUUCCUAAGAGAGGCCGCCUGUGGGUCCCUGAAGGCAACCCUUUCGCGGGCUCCCCUAUGAACCUGGAUUUCAGAAGAGCCAUGUCUUCAUACAUUUCAACCUAGGACUCCAUGCGGAAAGAAACUUGCCAUCCUCACUCAUUGACCUCGCAGCUCAAACCGCCUAUGCUUUUAAGGUAAACCUUAGGUUGCUCGAUGCUAGCCACUGAUGUAAAAUAGCCCAGCUGUGGCUCCGUCCUGUAAAUUAUGAUCGUAGCGCUAGUUCCACGUUUUGCAGCACUAGCAUCAGCGUCUUUCUGAUUUGAUACUAAUCUGUACCUUACGUUCGGCUGCUUGAAGCAUUCUGUUGAACAGAUCUGGAACGAGAACAUGUGCAUGUGCUGCUUGCCUUCUUGGACCAGAGCAUGCACCAUGUGUAUCACCUUGAAGGUUCCUGUUGA